AUGACCUUUAUUGAAGAACAGGCAAAUAAUAUAUACUGUGUACAGGCGGCACAUGGUGCCAAUCGCAUUUGCAGAUUCACUGGAAACAUGAGAGUCAUCCUAAUUGACUGGCUCAUCCAGGUUCAGAUGAAAUUUAGGCUGCUCCAGGAGACCAUGUACAUGACUGUUUCCAUUAUUGACCGGUUCAUGCAGGAUAAUUGUGUGCCCAAGAAGAUGCUGCAGCUGGUUGGUGUGACGGCUAUGUUUAUUGCAAGUAAAUAUGAAGAAAUGUACCCUCCAGAAAUAGGUGACUUUGCUUUUGUGACUAACAAUACUUACACCAAGCACCAAAUCAGACAGAUGGAAAUGAAGAUUCUGAGAGUUCUGAACUUCAGUUUGGGUCACCCUCUGCCUCUGCACUUCCUCCGUAGAGCAUCUAAAAUUGGAGAGGUUGAUGUUGAACAACAUAUUUUGGCCAAAUACCUCAUGGAGCUCACGAUGCUGGAGUACGACAUGGUGCACUUUCCUCCUUCUCAAAUUGCAUCUGGAGCUUUUUGCUUAGCACUGAAAAUCCUUGACAACGGUGAAUGGACACCAACUCUGCAGCACUACCUAUCCUACACUGAAGAAUCCCUUUUGCCUGUUAUGCAGCACAUGGCUAAGAAUAUAGUCACAGUGAACCGCGGCCUUACAAAGCACAUGACUGUCAAGGAAUGA